AUGUCUCUCACCUCUUUCCAUCAGGAACUGUCUGCAUCGUUGCUUCAGGCUGGGUUGCUAGAGAAGUCCGCCCCUCUUAUCCCCCCCCAGUUUACUCCGGCCACGCGCCUUGACGUGUCAUUUGACUCCAAGGCUGUUCACCUGGGAAAUGUCUUUCGGGCCAGGGAAUGCAAGCUUCCCCCUGUAGUGUCAUUUGGUCCUGAGGAGCAUGCGCCAUCCCGACAUUAUACCCUUCUCCUGGUCGACCCUGAUGCUCCAACCCCCGAGGACCCCAAAUUUGCCUACUGGAGACAUUGGGUGGUGUCAGGCUUGCAGCCCUCGCCUGCUGACAAUAAAUCGUCCACCGUCCUGACUGAAUAUCUGGGGCCCGGUCCCAAGGAUGAAUCCAAUCCCCAUCGCUAUCUCUUUUUACUUUUUCGAGAACCUACGGCAUUUGCACCACGUAAAGAGGACGUAGGAGGGGAAGAGUUCGUGCAGCGGCGAUCCUUUCCUGCCGCCAAGUGGGUGGAAGAACAUGGCUUAGAGCUGGUGGCCGUCAAUUGGAUGCAAGGGGUCGGAGAUGGCUGGUCUGGGUAA